AUGUACGGAGCAUCGACGGGCCCCCAGACGGGCAUCAACACGCCACGCUCCUCUCAGUCACUGCGGCCACUUAUUCUGACUCAUGGGUCACUCGAGUUUUCCUUCCUCGUGCCUACAUCCCUCCAUUUCUUUGCUUCACAAUUAAAAGAUACGUUUACGGCAUCCCUCCCACAACCGACAGAUGAGCUUGCUCAGGACGAUGAGCCCUCCUCGGUGGCCGAGCUUGUAGCACGGUAUAUCGGUCACGUUGCUUGCGAGGUCGAAGAGGGCGAGGACGAUGCACAGGGAACCUGUCUGGAAGUCCUGAAGCUAGCUCUUAACGAGUUCGAAAGAGCCUUCAUGCGCGGAAAUGAUGUCCAUGCCGUUGCAGCCGCUCUCCCGGGUAUUACUGCCAAGAAAGUCUUGGUUGUUGAGGCCUAUUAUGCCGGAAGGGCCGCCGCCGGACGGCCCACCAAGCCUUAUGAAUCUGCGCUAUUUCGAGCCGCCUCCGAAGAAAAAGCCAGCAUUUACUCAGUCUUCGGUGGUCAGGGCAACAUUGAAGAGUACUUCGAUGAGCUGAGGGAAAUCUACACGACUUACCCAUCUUUCGUGGAGGAUUUGAUCUCUUCGUCUGCUGACCUUUUGCAACAACUUUCCCGUGAACCGGAGGCUAGCAAGCUCUAUCCCAAAGGACUGGACGUCAUCCAGUGGCUCCAGGAUCCCGACUCCCAGCCCGACACCGACUACCUUGUGGCAGCUCCUGUGAGUUUGCCAUUAAUUGGAUUAGUCCAAUUAGCCCAUUUUGUGGUUACCUGCAAGGUUCUAGGUCGGCAGCCUGGUGAGAUUCUAGAGCGGUUCAGCGGCACUACAGGUCACUCUCAAGGUGUGGUCACCGCCGCAGCGAUUGCCUCGGCAACGACAUGGGAGAGUUUCGAGAAAGCGGCCAAAGAUGCCUUGACGAUGCUCUUCUGGAUUGGUCUUCGCAGUCAGCAGGCUUACCCGCGGACUUCUAUUGCCCCUUCCGUGCUGCAGGAUUCGAUUGAGAACGGGGAAGGAGCCCCAACCCCUAUGUUGUCCAUUCGAGAUCUGCCAAGAUCUGCUGUCCAGGAACACAUUGAUACCACCAAUCAGCAUCUUCCUGCCGAUCGUCAUAUCUCUAUCUCCUUGGUUAACAGCGCUCGCAAUUUUGUGGUCACUGGACCCCCUCUGUCCCUCUACGGUCUCAACCUUCGCCUACGCAAAGUCAAGUCGCCCACUGGCCUGGAUCAAAACCGGGUUCCGUUUACGCAGCGCAAGGUUCGCUUCGUCAACAGAUUCUUGCCAAUAACUGCGCCAUUCCACAGCCAGUACCUCUACGCAGCGUACGACCGUAUCCUUGAGGACUUGGAGGACAUUGAAAUCUCAGCUAAGUCCCUUGCGAUCCCUGUUUACGACACUAAGACGGGCGACGAUCUCCGGCAAAGUGGCGACGCCAAUAUUGUUCCUUCUCUGGUUCGCAUGAUCACCCAUGAUGCAGUCAACUGGGAGAAGGCAACUGUCUUCCAAGGGGCCACUCACAUCGUCGAUUUCGGUCCUGGCGGUAUCUCAGGUCUUGGUGUUCUUACGAACCGCAACAAGGAUGGUACUGGAGUCCGAGUGAUCCUCGCUGGGGCUAUGGAUGGCACCAACGCCGAGGUCGGAUACAAACCUGAGCUGUUUGACCGCGACGAGCACUCUGUGAAAUAUGCCAUUGAUUGGGUCAAAGAGUACGGCCCCCGUCUUGUGAAGAACGCAACGGGCCAGACAUUUGUCGAUACCAAAAUGAGCCGUCUUCUGGGCAUCCCUCCCAUAAUGGUAGCCGGUAUGACACCGACUACGGUACCCUGGGACUUCGUUGCCGCAACAAUGAAUGCGGGAUACCACAUUGAACUUGCUGGUGGUGGUUACUAUAACGGAAAGAGCAUGACAGACGCCAUCUCCAAGAUCGAAAAGACCAUUCCUCCUGGGCGUGGUAUUACUGUCAACUUGAUCUACGUCAACCCUCGAGCUAUGACUUGGCAAAUUCCCCUCAUCGGAAAAUUGAGGGCCGACGGUGUACCCAUCGAAGGCCUCACAAUUGGCGCCGGUGUUCCUUCCAUUGAAGUUGCUAACGAAUACAUUGAAACACUGGGAAUCAAGCAUAUAGCCUUCAAACCAGGCUCAGUGGAUGCUAUUCAGCAGGUCAUCAAUAUCGCUAAAGCCAACCCGAAAUUUCCUGUCAUCCUUCAGUGGACCGGUGGUCGUGGUGGUGGUCAUCAUUCCUUUGAAGACUUUCACCAACCCAUUUUACAAAUGUAUAGCCGCAUCAGACGGUGUGAGAACAUUGUCCUUGUCGCUGGCAGUGGCUUCGGUGGUGCUGAGGACACUUACCCUUAUCUCUCUGGAGCAUGGUCGUCGAGCUUCGGAUAUCCCCCGAUGCCAUUCGACGGGUGCCUCUUUGGUAGUCGUCUGAUGAUUGCGAAAGAAGCGCACACAUCUAAGAAUGCUAAGAAGGCAAUUGCUGACGCCCCCGGUCUUGAUGACAAAGAUUGGGAGAAGACUUACAAGGGUCCCGCUGGCGGUGUGGUCACCGUUCUUUCCGAGAUGGGUGAACCCAUUCAUAAGUUGGCGACAAGAGGCGUUCUGUUCUGGCACGAGAUGGACCAGAAAAUCUUCAAACUUGACAAGGCGAAGCGCGUGCCAGAACUCAAGAAGCAACGUGAUUAUAUCAUUAAGAAACUCAACGACGACUUUCAAAAAGUAUGGUUCGGUCGUAAUGCCGCUGGUGAGGCGGUCGAUCUUGAAGACAUGACGUACGCCGAGGUGGUUCAUCGCAUGGUAGAACUCAUGUAUGUCAAGCAUGAAUCGCGCUGGAUUGAUGCUUCUUUGAAGAAAUUGACUGGCGAUUUCAUCCGUCGCGUCGAGGAACGAUUCACAACCGAGGAAGGGCAGGCUUCUCUGCUGCAAAACUAUUCCGAGCUCGAUACUCCUUAUCCGGCGAUUAACAACAUCUUAGCAGCUUACCCUGAAGCGGCUACUCAAUUAAUCAAUGCGCAGGAUGUUCAUCAUUUCCUUUUGCUUUGUCAGCGGCGCGGACAAAAGCCUGUUCCAUUUGUGCCGGCACUGGACGAGAACUUUGAGUAUUGGUUCAAGAAGGACUCUCUUUGGCAGAGUGAGGAUUUGGAGGCCGUGGUUGGGCAAGAUGUCGGAAGGACCUGUAUUUUGCAAGGUCCAAUGGCAGCUAGAUUUUCCAACACCAUAGACGAGCCUGUCCAACAAAUUCUGGAUGGUAUUCAUCAGGGUCACAUUAAGGGUCUUCUCCAGGAUGUCUAUGGCGGUGACGAGUCCAAGAUCCCUGUCAUUGAGUACUUCGGAGGCCGGCUUCACGAAGCCGUCAGUGAGCUAGACAUCGACGGGCUUACAAUCUCUGAAGAUACGAACAAAAUCAGCUAUCGUCUAUCAUCGUCUCCUUCAGGCGAUCUUCCUGAUCUUGACCUGUGGUUGCGCCUCCUUGCUGGCAAAUCAUACUCUUGGAGGCACGCUCUCUUCUUGGCAGACGUCUUUGUUCAAGGUCACCGUUUCCAGACAAACCCGAUGAGGCGGAUUGUCGCACCCACUCCAGGGAUGUACGUGGAGGUCUCGUAUCCAGAGGAACCAUCCAAGACCACCAUCUGUGUGAGAGAGCCUUAUCAAUCCGGAAAACUCGUCAAGACCGUGGAGGUGAAGGUCAACGACCAAGGUCAAAUCAGUCUCACACUCUUCGAAGGCAGAACUGCAGAGGGUGGUGUUGUGCCUUUAAGCUUCUUGUUCACGUACCAUCCCGAGGCCGGCUAUGCACCCAUCUGGGAAGUCAUGGAUGGUCGCAACGAUCGCAUUAAGGAGUUCUAUUAUCGGGUCUGGUUUGGUAGCAAGGAUGUCCCUUUUGACACCCCUACCACGGCAACAUUUAGUGGUGGUCGAGAGACUAUCACUGCCCAAGCUGUCGCUGACUUUGUGCACGCUGUUGGCAAUACCGGGGAGGCCUUCGUUGAUAGGCCCGGAAAGGAAGUCUUCGCUCCCAUGGACUUUGCCAUUGUUGUUGGCUGGCAAGCCAUCACCAAGCCCAUCUUCCCUCGGACAAUCGACGGGGAUCUUUUGAAACUGGUCCAUCUCUCGAACGGAUUCAAAAUGGUCCCUGGUGCUCAACCUUUGAAGGUUGGAGAUGUGUUGGACACAACUGCCCAAAUCAAUGCUGUGAUCAACCAAGAUUCCGGGAAAAUGGUUGAAGUAUGCGGUACAAUUCACAGAGACGGUCAACCAAUCAUGCAUGUCACCAGCCAAUUCCUAUACCGAGGAUCGUACCUGGAUUUUGAGAACACCUUCCAGCGCAAGGACGAGGUUCCCAUGCAAGUUCACCUUACUUCAAGCAGGGAUGUUGCAAUUCUACGGUCGAAAGAGUGGUUCCGCCUAGACGAACCCGACGUCGAAUUGUUAGGUCAAACUCUCACUUUCCGUCUCCAGAGCUUGAUCCGGUUUAAGAAUAAAUCCGUAUUCAGCCACGUUCAGACAGUCGGCCAGGUGCUGCUUGAACUUCCCACAAAGGAAGUCAUUCAGGUUGCAACAGUGGACUACGAGACCGGAACUUCUCAUGGUAAUCCGGUCAUUGACUAUCUUCAACGCAAUGGUACGUCCAUAGAACAACCGGUCUAUUUCGAAAACCCUAUUCCGUUGAGCGGAAAGACACCACUCGUUUUGCGCGCACCGGCAUCCAAUGAAACAUAUGCUCGAGUUUCAGGCGAUUACAAUCCAAUUCACGUCUCUCGUGUUUUCUCUAGCUAUGCCAAUCUUCCGGGGACCAUCACACAUGGCAUGUAUACCAGCGCCGCUGUUCGCAGUUUCGUCGAGACCUGGGCCGCUGAAAACAAUAUCGGCCGUGUUCGAGGCUUCCAUGUGUCCCUCGUCGGUAUGGUCCUCCCCAAUGAUGUGAUCACCGUGAAGUUACAGCAUGUCGGUAUGGUGGCUGGCCGUAAAAUCAUUAAGGUUGAGGCCAGCAACAAGGAAACAGAAGACAAGGUUCUUCUGGGCGAAGCCGAAGUCGAGCAACCAGUAACCUCCUACGUCUUCACCGGACAGGGCUCUCAGGAGCAGGGAAUGGGUAUGGAGCUGUACAGUAGCAGCCCUGUCGCCAGGGAGGUUUGGGAUCGGGCAGAUCGUCAUUUUAUCGAGAACUACGGCUUGUCCAUCAUUGAUAUCGUCAAAAACAAUCCUAAGGAGCUCACUGUCUACUUUGGUGGUCCGCGUGGAAAAGCCAUUCGCCAGAACUACAUGUCGAUGACUUUCGAGACAGUGAACGCGGAUGGCACGAUCAAGUCUGAGAAGAUCUUCAAAGAAAUCAAUGAGGACACGACAUCAUACACAUAUCGGUCGCCGUCUGGAUUGCUCUCUGCAACUCAGUUCACGCAACCGGCACUGACACUGAUGGAAAAGGCAAGUUUCGAGGAUAUGCGCUCCAAGGGUCUCGUCCAAAGAGAUAGCAGCUUCGCUGGUCAUUCCCUGGGUGAAUACUCCGCUCUCGCCGCUCUUGCGGAUGUCAUGCCUAUUGAGAGUCUGGUUUCCGUCGUGUUCUAUCGUGGUUUGACUAUGCAGGUUGCUGUCGAAAGAGAUGAACAAGGACGUUCGAACUACUCUAUGUGCGCCGUCAACCCAAGUCGCAUCUCAAAGACAUUCAAUGAACAAGCCUUGCAGUACGUUGUUGAGAACAUUGCUGAGCAAACAGGUUGGCUAUUGGAAAUUGUCAACUACAAUGUCGCAAAUAUGCAGUAUGUUGCUGCUGGAGAUCUCCGCGCUCUUGAUUGCCUUACAAAUCUGCUCAACUAUCUCAAGGCUCAAAAUAUCGACAUUCCAGCAUUAAUGCAGAGCAUGUCCUUGGAUGACUUGAAGGCUCACCUUGUCAAGAUCAUUCAUGAAUGUGUCAAACAAACCGAGUCGAAGCCCAGGCCGAUAACCUUGGAGCGAGGCUUCGCAACUAUUCCGCUGAAAGGAAUCGACGUGCCUUUCCACAGCACCUUCCUUCGCUCCGGCGUCAAGCCUUUCCGGUCAUUCCUGCUGAAGAAGAUCAACAAAACUACCAUUGAUCCGAGCAAGUUGAUUCGCAAAUAUAUUCCAAAUGUCACUGCCCGCCCAUUCGAGAUCACAAAGGAGUAUUUCGAGGAUGUGUACCGACUCACAAACUCUCCUCGCAUUGCCCAUAUCCUGGCAAAUUGGGACAAGUAUGAAGAGGGAGGUGAGAACACUUCACGCACCACAGGCACCACCACCGCCUGA